AUGCAGGCCGCGUCGCGAUCGAAAGGGAGCGCGCCGCCGCCGGAGCGCGCUGCGGCCGGCAGCGACCGCUUCGUCGGGAAGCAGGACGUGACGGAGGACUCGCUCAAGCUCGAGACCGUCGGACUUGUGCGUCUCGAAGACUUCCAGAGGAAGCAGGAGCAGAUCCUCGAAGAAAAAGAGCGUGCCGACGAACGUGCCCAGGCGCUGCGUGAAAAGAAGAAGGAGGUACGGCGCGAAAAGAGCCGCAAGGCGCACAGCAAGCUUUCAUUUGCACUGGACGAGGAGGACGAGGAGGAGGCCGUGCCGCUGAAGCGCGUCAAGACCGACAAGGGCGUCAAGGAUCCCAGCGUCGACACCUCUUUCCUGCCCGACCGCGAGCGCGAGGAAGAGGAGAAAAAGAUGCGCGAUGCGCUGCGCGACGAGUGGCAGGCGAAGCAGGAUGCUAUUAAAAAGGAGUCGAUCCACGUUACCUACUCCUACUGGGACGGCACCGGGCACCGCGGCCAAGUCGCGUGCCACAAAGGCGACUCGAUUGGCGACUUUCUCGAGGCCGUGCGAAAAGACGUGCCUACGCUGAAGAACGUGCCGUCCGACACGCUGAUGUACGUCAAAGAGGACCUGAUCCUGCCCCACCACCUCACGUUCUACGAGCUGCUGGUGAACAAAGCACGUGGCAAAUCGGGGCCGCUCUUUCACUUUGACGUGCACGACGACGUGCGCAUGCUCGCCGACGCUUCUGUCGAAAAGGACGAGUCGCAUGCGGGCAAGGUCGUCGAGCGCGCGUGGUACAACCGCCACAAGCACAUCUUCCCCGCCAGCCGCUGGGAGACGUACGAUCCCCACGCGACGUACGGCGCCUAUGCGGUCAAAGACCGCUAG